CCCACCCUCCCCUCCCCAAGGUUACCACCCAGAGCUCCUGCAAACAUGGCGGCGAGCCGGUCCUUUCGAAUAUGGAAACCGCUUGCAAGAUUCUCCUCAUCUCGUGCGGCUUUUCAGAACCCGUUGUUCUGCCGUGCUUUCCAAACGUCUUCUGUCUUCCUUCAGCUGCAAGGAGAUGAUUCACAAAAUAUUCAAGUCCAUUUUAAAAGUGGAUUUCCAGUUGUAACCGUCCCUCUUCCGUCCCGACGGGAACUCUGUCAGUUUACACUCAGACCUCUGAGCGAAUCUGUCAAAGAUUUUAUCGAGAACGUAAAGGAAGAAGACGGAGGCAUCGAGCGAGUAGCCGUCUACGACCCCAGCGGGUCUCGUAUCUCUGGAAGCACAAAAGUAGAUGUUCUUAUGAAGUCAAACUUUAAGCUAGUUAUUAAUGAUGUGGAGUACGAUGUGAAAGUACCCGAUACAGUCGCAAUAGCUGAGGACGAUCAAAGGUCACUUGCCCAUGUAAAGACACUAAUACAUCAGUUGUACAGCUCAAUGAAUAUCGAAGAGCAUCAGCUACAGAAAGAAGAGAAGCUCCUGAGUAAACUAGAGGAAAUUAAGGCUGAUCUGCAGCCGAUGGAAAAGUUAAAAUCAGAGCUAAAUGACAAAGCUGCCAAACGUGCCAACUUCCUUGUGUGGGGAGGUCUUGGCUUCAUGGCUGUGCAGUUUGGGUUACUUGCCAGGCUUACUUGGUGGGAAUAUUCCUGGGAUAUCAUGGAACCUGUGACAUACUUCGUAGGCUACGGAACAGCGAUGGCAUGUUAUGCCUACUUUGUUAUAACUAGACAGGAAUAUCUGUAUCCAGAUGCUAGAGACAGACAGCAUUUGCUCGCAUUCCACAAGCUGUCCAAAAAGAAAUCCUUCGAUGUUGAGAAGUACAAUCACCUGAAAGAUUGCAUGGCCAAGAUAGAGGAAGACUUGAAGGAACUACGUAGCCCCUACAAGCUUCACCUUCCAACAAGAAUCACAGAAAAGAUUGCUGACAAAUAAGGAUUUACUUUAAUGUGAUAAUCAAUGAUGCAAUUUAUCUGUAUUUACCUGAUCGUGCUAUUUUGUAAAAUAAGAUGGGGGUGGUACUUAGAUUGCUUUGCCCUGUCUGUGAAUUUUUAAUUUAUUUAUUAAUUCCAAAAAUUCAUUUGCUUGACAGGUAACAGUAUUUCGUGAAACAUCUUAGCUCGUCCACAAUGUAUCCUUUAUAGGAUUUUAAUUGGCUUAAUUAGAAACGAUGUUAUAAGGUAUUUGAAUGAACCAAUAGAUUCACUUUUUCAUGUCAUUUGAAGCCCAAAAAGAUCUUUGUACUCCUGUGCACUUCCAUAAUCAAAUGAAGUAACUUUAGUUAGAAAAUACAAAAUCUUGUGUAAACACAAUAAAAGCGAACAACGUCUUGAUACACAAUUUAUUUUUGUUGUUUUUUUGUACAGUUAAAAAUAAAAUAAACACACCUAAAGAAGCUGUGUUCAAAA